AUGCUGAAAUUCGUAAAUUCAUUCCUAAAUCGCCUGACAUUUUUUCGACUUGUGCAUAUGAAGCUUCUUUUUGGUAAUCAUGUUGUGGAAUUUCGGCCUUCUGUAUUGGACAAGAAGCGACAUCCUCAUGUUUCAUUUCCAUAUCGUCUUGCUUUGGAAGAAGUCUCAGAUCAACAAUGGAAUCUAAGUCUCUUCGUCCCUAACGAUGAGAAUAAUUAUGUUUGGCUGCAGAAAAUCGCAUUUCCGCGUUUAUUAAAAUGGUUUGCUGAAACCGAUGUGCAGAGGAAUAACAUAGUUUCGCACAGAUUAGUUAACAUGGAAGAUUAUUCCCAGUUCUAUUGUGAAAUCAAAAAUAAAUGGGGCCAGAAAAUUGCAGCAACCUGGACAGAAAGAACGAAUCCACAGAAAUUUGUUUAUGAAGACUGUGCUAUUGCAGCUUAUCUAAUUGCCUACUGGCGGCAAAAAGGUUUCUUACCACAGAGAUUCUGUGAUAUUGGUUGUGGCAAUGGCUUGCUUGUACAUCUCUUGCAAAAGAUGAAGAUAAAUGGUUAUGGAAUCGAUUUAAGACAGCGCAAAAUAUGGAAGAAGUUUGUUGGAACUGAUUUGAGAGAAAAAACAGUAAAUCCUGAAGACUUAUUGAGCGAUAGCGAUUUUCUGAUCGGGAAUCACACUGAUGAAUUGACCCCUUGGAUACCUAUUAUGGCUGCUAGUUAA